CACUUACGGACCCGCGACGGAUCCCGGAUUCGGCGAAGAGAGUUAAUUAAUUUUAGGACUCGCUGAUAAAAGUUUUUAGCCAGAAAUAAAAUAGUGGAAAAGCUUCAGCAAAAUGAGUUCCUCUGGCAGUGCAAAAUACCAGUACCUGGCAGCCAUCAGUGUGAAUAUUAUUACCAUUUCGUAUGGCGCAUUCUGUGGUUGGCCAUCGGCCAGUUUUCUGGAAUUGACAUCAGAUGCAAGUCCAUUGGAAUCAGGACCUCUGACCAAACAGGAUCAAGGCUGGGUGGCGGCCACUAUUUGUUUGGGUGGCCUAUUUGGAACUAUUGUGUUCACCUGGCUGGCAGAUAAAAUUGGCAGGAAAUGGAGCAUUCUAUGGAUGGCCCUACCGAAUUUGCUCGGUUGGAUCAUCAUACCAUAUGCCCGGAACCCGACGCACUUAAUUAUUGCCAGAUUUAUUGGAGGAGCUGCUGGCGGAGGAAUCUUUACUGUGGUCCCUAUUUAUAUAGCUGAAUUGGCUGCCGACAGUGUUCGAGGUGUUUUGGGUACAUUCCUGGUGCUCACUUGCAACGUUGGCGUGCUUUUGGCCUUUGUCCUGGGCUACUAUUUCGACUAUGCCACUGUGUCUUGGAUUGUCUACUUGUCCUUUGUGUUUGUUGGCUGUUUCUGGUUUAUGCCAGAGACCCCACAGUACCUGGCCAAGCUCAAGAGGGUGGAGGCAGCGGAGCAUUCGUUGCGAUACUAUCGCAACAUUCGAUCCAAUCCGGCCAAGGAACUCAGCGAGGAACUGCAAUUGGAGCUGCAGAAGCUGCAAACCACUGAGAAAAAUACAGAUGGAACAGAAGAGGAUGAUGAUGAGGAUGCUAAGGGUGUGACUUGGUCAGAUUUUGCUGAUGUCAAGACCCGGAAGGCUUUCUUCAUUGGCCUCGUUCUGAUAAUGUUCAACCAGCUGUGUGGAUGCUUCGCCAUGCUGAACUACACGGCAGUCAUCUUUGAGCAAUCUGGCGUCAGUAUGCCACCAACGAUGGCAGCCAUAAUUGUGGGAGCGAUCCAGCUACUCGGAAGCUAUGUGUCCACACUCCUGGUGGAACGACUCGGCCGGAAGUUACUGCUCCUGCUAUCAGCCCUGGGUAUUGCCUUUGGCCAGAGUGCCAUGGACUACAGCUACUUAAAGUUACUGGAAUAUCCUGUGGAAUCCUUCAGUUGGUUACCCGUUGUCGGUUUCUCUUUCAUGAUUUUAAUGGCUGCUGCGGGAUUGCUUACGCUGCCCUUCCUGGUGAUAUCGGAGAUAUUGCCACCCAAGAUUAGGAGCACAGCGAGUAUGAUACUCAUGUCGGUGUUAUGGUUGAUUUCCACCUGCACCAUUAAGAUGAUGCCCAUAUUCACUGCCUCUUUGGGAAUGCAUGGAACCGUCUAUAUGUUUGCCAGUUUCUCCUUCGCAGCCGCUCUUUUCAUUGCCAUAUUUCUUCCAGAAACUAAGGGAAAGACGGUUGAAGCCAUCUUAGCCAGUUUAUAA